UAAAUCAAUCGAUGACAGCGCAGUGUACGGCGACGGAAUUUUGUUCUCUGCAAUUUGACGACAUUUUGUCACGAUUUUAUUUGAUAUUGUUGCAUUUCCUUAGCGUAUAGUUUAAAUUAGGCUACGAAGAUGGCAGAUAAUGAACAGAAAGCAAUGCAGCUGAUGGCAGAGGCUGAGAAGAAGUUGAAUUCUUCGAAAACUUUCCUUGGGUCACUUUUCGGAGGCUCAUCUAAAGUGGAAGAAGCUGUUGAUUGCUACUUGCGUGCCGCCAACCUUUUCAAGAUGGCUAAAAAGUGGUCUCAGGCUGGUCAAGCGUUCUGCAGUGCUGCCCAGCUACACUUGAAGGCAGGAGUCCGCCACGAUGCUGCCACCAACUUUGUUGAUGCCUCUAACUGCUACAAGAAAAGUGAUCCAAAUGAGGCUGUGUCCUGUCUGCUAAAAGCAAUCGAGAUCUACACGGACAUGGGCCGCUUCACCGUAGCAGCUAAACACCAUCAGAACAUCGCAGAGUUGUACGAGACGGAAUGCGUGGACCUGGCACGCGCGAUGCAGCACUACGAACAGGCUGCAGACUAUUUCCGCGGCGAGGAGUCCACCUCCUCCGCCAACAAGUGUAUGCUCAAGCUCGCGCAAUACGCUGCGCAGCUCGAGCACUACGACAAGGCUAUUGAGAUCUACGAACAGAUCGCCAAAUCGUCGCUGGACAACAGUCUGCUGAAAUAUAGUGCCAAGGAGUACAUGUUCCGCGCUGCUCUUUGCCACCUAUGUGUCGACAUCCUCAAUGCACAGCAUGCUUUAGAAAAGUACUGCGGCUUAUACCCAGCCUUCACCGACACCAGGGAAUGCAAGCUCAUCAAGGAGCUCAUUGAGCAUCUGGAAGAACAGAACGUAGAUGCUUUCACUGAAGCCGUGAAGAUGUACGACAGCAUAUCGCGGCUCGACCAGUGGUACACUACGAUGCUCGUGCGCAUCAAGAAACAGAUCAACGACAACCCCGAUCUGCGUUGAGUUAAUACCCAACUAACGCUAUCGUCCGUGCCGCUAUACGACUGUUAUAUAAGUUCAGUUGCUUAGCCUACAAAAACAGUUUUGUCAUUCGUUAGAAGGAGACUCUUUGUUACGUUUAUGGUCAAUAAUUAAACCUACUAUACUGAUAAGUUGACACGUUCAUUGAUAUCGAACUAAGGUUUAAGCAGCGGACAAGAGCGGCAUCGGCGUUAAUAAUUCCUUUUUAUCUUAACUUGUAGAAUAUUCAUUAUGCCUAUUUCAUUAUAACAGUUAGGCGCGUUCUGCUCUACAUUACACUAUUAUCACUUGCAAGGAUAUCAACACGAAAAUAGCAAAAUUUCAGAGACCUUGUGACAAUGACAAUAGCGUCUCUGCUCGCAAGAAAAUCUUUAUCGUAAAACUAUUAGCCCAAGCUACUACCUACUGGGAUUAGUAGUGCAGUGUAGAGGCUUAGUAUUCGAGACUAGGAAAUAAAUAGGUAUUAAGGCGAGAAGUAAACAAAUCGAGUUGUAUGGGUUCACCUCAAUCGUUCCAUAUUACUAAGUAUGUAUAAGUAUUACGUGUUCAUAUUUUUUCUGUGUUGUAUAUUAUAUUAUAUUUAUUUUCUACAAAGUUUAGUAGAAAAUAAACUUAAGCGUCUCUUAUAGACUUUAGAAAUCUCCAAUUCUUAAUUUACGUUAAAAUUGUCAAUGAUAAAAACUCAAUCCUCACUUUUGUAAUAUUGAAAAAAACUUUAUUUAUUAGUUGUAAAUAAUGUCUGUUUCGUUAUUAAUAAAUUUUAUAUUUUAUUUCGAUUUUUAUUUUUUCCCACUUAUCAGAUUUUGAAUUUUGAUAUUAAUUGUAUUUUCUAUGUUGUUGAUUUGUUAUGUUAUAUUAAUGUAAACAACUUUUUGCGAUAAUUGUGAGUAGGUAAUGCUAAUAAUACUAAAGAUUCUUACACACUAAUGUCAUUUUCAAUCAAGUGUGUACGUCCUCUUAGAGUGUUGUAUUGGUACUUGUGGUGGGAUUUUAACAAUUGUGUGAAGGUUGAUGAUGAUGGCUAGGAUAUAUUCGCCUUACGUUAGGCUUACAUUUUUGGUAAUAUCAGUAUUAGUAGAGCAUGCGCCAUUUAUUUUAUAAGGGGUCUUUUACAGACUGCAGUUUUGCCGUCACUAAUUUGUGAUGGCUACACAUUAACCCUAAUUCCCUGUAAAAGAUCUCUUAUACUUCCAUUUCAUACUCUCUCUUUUUCACUCUAUCGUACUAAGUCAAUUGGUACAUUGAAAAGUUAGGGGUAUUUAUAAUAUGAUAUUGGCUAGUGUUAAUAUUUCGCAUAAAUCGUAACCAUAGCAUCGGCAGUUAAAUAUUAAAAUGUAUCGGCACACGGAUAAUAUUCGUUUAAUGUAUAAAUAAAGUGUUAUACAAAUC